AUGACUAUCCGUCGGGUUCCCUGGGAGGCCAUGGAGAACGAUCUGAGGAUCAUGUUCCGCCCAAACAUCGGCGGGCUGGCCGAGGGCUGGUACAACCAGCUGAAACCCGACGUCCGGAAAGAUUGGACACGGGUCAGGGAAGCUGGUACACUUUACAAGGUCGCUCUGGACGUGGAACUGGCAGACAGGAAGGCCAAGCUUGAUGUUCACAACCUCAAUGACUGCGGUGGGAUUCGAAGGUGGACAGGAACCGGAAGUUAUUGCUAUAACGACCAAGACAAGGGAUCAGAUACAGAAGCAAGUCGAAGAGGCAAUUUCAGCCGCCGCAGCCCCUGA